AUGAGAUCAAAUGUGUUGGAUUAUGGCAAUUUUCCUUUAGGGAGACCCCCUCUCGGCGCGACCAAUACGGCCUUGCUGUGGUCCGCCGAUUGCAUCAAAGAGGGAAGACGCCAUUGCCAACCAUCCUCAGAGCGCAACAUCCUCCAAGUUGUGUCCAAAUCAGCCACGUUCCCACCCAUCCAGAACCCGAAAAUCAUCGAGAGCAGAGCUACAGCCAGAAUCCGUCUUGAACGAAGACUGUACCGUGACCAGCAAAUCUGUGAAGACUACACCAAAUUCAUCGAAGAAUACAUUCGGCUGGGCCAUAUGAUCAAACUCGAUGAUCCUGUUGAUGAUUCUUACCCGCAUUGCUACCUUCCGCAUCACCCUGUAUUCAAAGAAUCGAGCACCAGCACAAAGAUCCGUGUAGUCUUCGACGCAUCCUGCAAGACGUCGUCUGGUUUUUCAAUAAACGACCUGCAGUUAGUUGGUCCAGUAAUUCAAGACGAUUUGCUGUCGAUCGUCUUACGUUUCCGCAAGCACCCAAUAGCCCUUGUAGCAGACAUCGAGAAGAUGUAUCGCCAGGUGAAAUUACAUCCGAAUGAUUGCGUCUUCCAACGAAUCCUUUGGCGAACCGAUCCCCAAGAUCCCAUUCGCACAUACGAACUCCAAACAGUUACGUACGGUUUUGCCUCAGCACCAUUUCUGGCCACCCGCGCACUCCAACAGGUGGCCGAAGAAGAAAGCGACAAGUAUCCCGUGGCGGCAGCAAUAUUUAAAAGCGACUUCUACAUGGAUGACUGCCUUACAGGUGCAAAUGAUAUUCGUUCAGCUAUUGAGUUCCGCCGACAAGCAACAGAUUUAGCCAACUCUGCCGGUUUUCCAUUAAAAAAAUGGGCUUCCAACGAAUCAGCCGUCUUAGAAGGAAUUCCACUAGAAGAUCUAGCAGUUUCGCCUGUUCAUAGCCUUCAAGAUGAGCAAUCUGUUUCAACUCUUGGUCUUGUGUGGGAGACCAAAACCGAUGUGCUUCGCUUCCGUGUACAGUUGCCGUUACCUGCAGCUGUGCUGACUAAAAGGAAAAUAAUGUCCUAUAUUGCCCAGAUUUUUGAUCCCCUCGGGUUGGUGGGUCCUAUAAUCACAGUUGCUAAACUGUUCAUGCAGUUGUUAUGGUCGCUUAAAACCGAAGAAGGCCACACAUACGAAUGGGAUCGUCCACUGCCGCCGCAGUACCAGGUUGACUGGAAAACCUUCCACGGGACGCUAGACACCAUCACCACCCUCAAAGUUCCACGAUUCACAUCAAUCGCCCAGGCAACAUCGAUUCAGCUGCAUUUUUUCUCAGAUGCCUCUGAGAAGGCGUACGGCAGCUGCUGCUACAUGCGUUCCGAAUGUGCCGGAACAGUACGAGUUUGUCUGUUAACAUCGAAGUCGAAGGUAGCACCCCUAACCAGUCACCACUCUAUCGCCCGUCUAGAACUGUGUGGAGCAGUUUUGUCGACUACGUUGUAUGAGAAGGUUUCACGUGCUCUCCAGGUUACCGCUGACGUUUAUUUUUGGACAGACUCCACCACCGUUCUCCAUUGGUUACAGUCCACCCCGGCACGUUGGAAGACCUUUGUUGCGAACAGAGUAUCCGUGAUUCAAAACAAAACCGAUAUCAAAUCUUGGAAACACGUCCCCGGUGUAUCGAACCCCGCCGAUGCCUUAUCACGUGGAAUCAGUCCAACCGAAAUCUCUGAUCAUCCACUCUGGUGGACUGGAGCUCCAUGGCUUGCCUUACCAACGAAGGAUUGGCCUCAAACAGAACUAUCAAGUGCUAAAACAGUUUCCAUCCCCGAAGAAAGAACACCCGUGGUGUCUUUAGCUGUAUCCGAUCAAACAGAAGAUUUCGCCUCCAGAUUAUUCGGCUUAUACUCCAGUUACAGCAAACUGCGCCGCACGGUGGCCUACUGUAUGAGAUAUCUACGUGCCGUGAAGGCUGUUAGGCGAAACGAGAGACUCGAACCAUUUCAAUAUCUGGAAUCUACCGAUUUGAAGGACGCAGAACUAGCUUUGUGUCGUCUAGCUCAGAAGCAGCACUUGUCCGAAGAAAUUGCCAGCCUAACUAAGAACGGUCGUGUUUCUCCAUCAUCGCCAUUGAAAUAUCUACGCGCUAGACUCGACCCUGACGGAAUAAUCCGACUCCGUGGUGUUCUGAGCAAUGCACACCUUCCUGAUCAUGUCAAACAUCCAAUAGUUCUGCUUGCUAAGCAUCCGUUGGCGAGCCUGUUGGCCGAUUACUAUCACCGAACUCUACUCCACGCCGGCCCGCAGCUCAUGUUAGCAACAAUUCGCCAAAGGUUCUGGGUCAUAGGUGCACGUGAUUUAGCCCGUCGUGUUUAUCAUCAGUGCCAUAGGUGUUUCCGCAGUAAACCCAAGAUGAUUGAGCAGAGCGUAGCAGAUCUUCCAAGUUCCCGAGUUGCUCCAAGACGACCAUUUGCAGUUUGUGGUGUUGACUACUGCGGCCCAGUGUAUAUCAAAUCUCCGGUGCGGAACCGAGGUCCAACGAAGGCCUACAUAGCAAUUUUUGUUUGUUUCACUACUCGAGCCGUGCAUAUAGAGCUGGUUUCAGACCUGUCAACAUCAGCUUUCAUCGCAGCCUUACGACGUUUUGCCGCUCGAAGGAACACACCACACGAAAUCCAUAGCGAUAAUGGAACAGCUUUCCGAGGUGCCAACAACGAACUGAGACGUAUUCACCAGAUGUUGAAGUCCGACGCUGAUGGUAGAAAACAGAUUCUCGACUGGUGUGCCGAAGCAGGUAUAACUUGGAAAUUUAUCCCACCUCGUUCCCCCCACUUUGGAGGAUUGUGGGAAGCAGCGGUUAAGUCGGCAAAACAUCACUUGCUCCGGGAGAUUGGACAAACCAACAUCACGUACGAAGACAUGACAACAUUGUUAACAGAAGUUGAAAUGUGUUUAAACUCAAGACCACUCAUUCCAAUUCCAACUGAGCCCGACGACAUAGAAGCGCUUACGCCUGUGUCGCACCACCCGAUGAAGAUGUUCCAGCGAAUAUGGAGGAGAUGGUACCCAGAAUACCUUCAGCAACUACAAUCCCGAGCAACGAAGCACCAGAAGCCAGCAACUGUCAUCCAAGAAGGAAGUAUGGUCGUUAUCCACGAUGACUUGCUGCCACCCGCUCAAUGGCCGCUUGGUAUCGUCAAGAAACUGCACCCCGGUAAAGACGGCGUUGUUCGAGUGGUAACGCUACGAACCGGAAAACGAGAAGAUGUUAGGAGGUGUGUCAACAAGCUGGCCCUGCUUCCAAUGCCAGAUCCGCCAGCUGAACAAUGA